AUGUACCUUCUUCUACUCGGAGCCCUUCUGGGCUCGGUUGCUUCAUCAACGAUACCAGUAGCCGAACCACGCAAUGAGGACCUCGCUGCUAUGUACAACUUGCCUAGAGAAUCAACUCCUACAUUCUACGACGUCACUUUGUAUUUAGACCCUGAUAAUGAAGACUAUUUCUACGGAAACGUUUCUAUUAGGAUCGUACCAAAUAUGGCAACUAACGUCAUUGUUCUUCAUGCUAUGGAAAUGUCCAUUGACAGUAUUGAGGUUCUUACAACGACGAGUAAUAAUAUAAAUGCAGAUAAUAAUAUUUAUUUAAAUCACGAUCUGGCUACAGAUGACACACAUUUACUUAGAAUACAUUUAGCUGAGACUCUAAUCGAAUCUCGAGUCUACAUUCUUAACAUAAAUUACGUUGGUCAUUAUGCAACCAAUAUGUUUGGUAUAUAUGUGUCAACUUAUGCUGAGAAUGGAAUCCCACAAAAACUUAUCACCUCACAACUACAGCCUACUUUUGCCCGCCGUGCAUUUCCCUGUUACGAUGAACCAGCAAUCAAAGCAAUAUUCAGGACUACUAUCGUUUCUCCUGCAAAUUAUACUGUUGUCAGAACUAACAUGCCAGAAAUCAACAACAGUACUGAAUCUAAUGGAUGGGUGAGGCACGAAUUCCAAGACACCGAGAUUAUGUCGACGUAUUUACUAGCUUACUUGGUUUCAAACUUCGAACACCUCUCCAAUGAAGAUAAUCUUAUCUAUCACAUCCCUUUCAAGGUAUUCUCUAGACCAGGAACAAAAAAUAACGCUGUAUUUGCUAUGGAAUUUGGCCAAAAGAAUAUGGUAAAAUUGGAAGAAUAUACAGAAUUCGAGUAUGUCUUCCCGAAACUAGAUAAAGCAGCUGUACCUGAUUUUGCUGCUGGCGCCAUGGAAAAUUGGGGUUUGGUAAUCUACAGAGAAGUAGCCCUACUUGUCACUGAAGGCGUUACUACAACUGCGACUAGACAAAACAUCGGCAGAAUAAUAUGUCACGAAAAUAUGCACAUGUGGUUUGGUAAUGAAGUGAGUCCCUACUCUUGGACUUAUACUUGGCUCAACGAAGGUUUCGCAAACUUCUUUGAGAAUUUCGCUACAGACUUGGUACUUCAAGAAUGGCGAAUGAUGGAUCAGUUUGUGAUCAAUAUGCAGAAUGUGUUUCAAUCUGAUGCGGUGAUAAGUAUCAACCCCAUGACGCAUCCCGUAUUUACUCCUUCCCAGAUCUUGGGCACAUUCAACGCUGUCGCUUACCAAAAAUCUGGCUCAGUCAUUCGCAUGAUCCAACACUUCAUGACUCCUGAACUGUUCCGUCAAGCACUUGUUCAUUAUAUUAAAAAUAUGCAUCGAAAAGCAGCUCAGCCGGCAGACUUGUACAGAAGCUUGCAGUAUAUUUUAGACAAUUCCAAUCACUCAAUUCCUUUCUCUAUUGAAUCUAUCUUGACACGCUGGACCACUCAAGGAGGCUUCCCAGUCCUUAAUGUAACCAGAUCUUCCGCUGCGGGCAACUCCUUAGUAUUCCAGCAGGAACGAUACUUGACCGACCGUACGCUUUCAUCUCCUGAUCGUUGGCACGUACCUGUCAACGUGGUGCUGAAUGACAACCCCGAUUUCUCAGAUACUAAGCCAGAUGGCUGGGUAUCAGUCUCAAUCACUGCCACCGCACUUGACGUGCCAGGAUUAUCUGGUGCCGAAUGGUACAUUGUGAACAAGCAGCAAACUGGUUACUACAGGGUUAACUACGACGAAGCUAAUUGGCGGGCAUUGACACAAGCAUUAGCAAAUAAUCAUACCAUAAUCCAUGUUUUGAACAGAGCGCAAAUCAUUGACGACUCUUUCAACCUGGCUAGAAAUGGACGCUUGUCCUAUGCUCAUCCGUUCGAAAUCGCUACAUAUUUGACCAAUGAAGUUGACUACAUACCGUGGGCGUCUGCCAACGUCGCGUUCAGUUAUUUAGAUGUGGUACUUAGCGGGACUGAAGUAUAUGGACUCUUCCAGAGAUUUAUUCUGGAAUUGACCGCAUCAUCGUAUGAGAGGCUCACCUUCAAUGCUUCACCAGACGAAGAGCAUGUUACACCUUACUAUAGAAAUAUAAUUUUAGACCUCAACUGCAGAUAUGGCAACGAACACUGCGUGAAUUCUUCUAUGCAACUCUUACAACAAGUCCAAAACGGAUCCCCCUUGAAUCCCGAUAUUCAGACCUUGGUAUUCUGCUCUGGUCUACGUGGUGGUGAUGCUGCUAAUUUCGAUUUCCUCUGGGGAUUGUAUACUGAAACGGCCGACUCUAGUGCACAGUCAAUCUUGUUGAAUGCACUUGGAUGCACUUCAAAUGAAGAAAAGCGUGAAUUCUAUUUAAAUCAAAUGAUCGACGAAAACUCACUCGUGCGAGAACAAGACAGGCAUACUAUCGCCGUUGCUACUAUUAAUUCUGGACCAGAAAAUAUGGAAUAUGCCCUCGACUUCAUCAUUGCAAACUUCCCAUCGAUACAACCGAAUGUUCAAGGUUUGACUGGUACCACAAACAUUCUAAAUGCUCUGGCCCGCAGACUUACAACAACAUCUCAUUUACAAAAGAUUGAGCAGUUUGCUACAAAUCAUGCAAACAUCUUCACUGCGGGCGAGUUAGCUUCAAUAGCAGCUAUAAGGGAGAACAUCGCAGCUUCGAUAUCAUGGAAUAAUCAAAACUUAGAUCACGUGGAAUCUUGGAUCAAUGAUUAUUAUCUUCCGGAUAGUGCGUCAGCUAUGACUGCGAGUGCCUUAGUACUUCUUUCUUUACUUGUGACACUAUUCAAUCAAUCAUAA